AUGAAGUUAGCCGAUGGCUCCUUGCGAAAUGGAGUUGUUGCUCAAAGUACAGGAAAUCAUGGCCAAGGCCUGGCAUUAGCAGCAAAGCUGGUGUCCGUUGAGAGAGGGUUCCAUAUUCCCGCGUAUAUUGUGCUUCCUGAGAUUGCAACUUCUUCAAAGAUCGACGCUACCAGAGACUAUGGAGGUGAGGUAUAUUUCUCCGGGUACACUCUUCCUGAGAGACAGAAAAAGGCAUACGAAGUGCAAAAGAACACUGGAGCAACCAUGAUAGCGCCUUUUGGUAAUUGCGACGUUAUGCUUGGACAAGGAACGGCGAUUUACGAGUUCAAGAGGCAAAUGGAAGAAGAAGGGCUAGGCUCCCUCGCGUCAGUCAUUGUACCUUGUGGGAGCGGGAGUUUGCUUACAGGGACUGCCAUAGCCUGCAAAAAUACCUCGACGAGAGUUUUUGGGGCUGAGCCUAGUGAAGGAGGUGCUGAUGACGUCGUUCGUGGACUGAAACUCGGCAAACGAAUCGGUUCUGUACAAUCUCUUACGAUCGCAGACGGUUUACGAUCUCCAGUAGGAGAGUCGAACUGGGAGAUCAUAAAGCGCCGAGAAUACGUUGAGGGUGUAUUCUCUGCGACUGAAGAGCACAUCAAGUCUGCAAUGAAGUUAGUGCUUGAAUGGGCUGGCGUUUUGAUCGAGCCUAGCGCCGCUUUGCCUCUAGCGAUACUACUGUACAACAGAGAAUUUCAGAACGUUUACAUUGAUGGCAUGUCGGCAAGUGAAGAAAAUAUCGGCAUCAUUCUUAGCGGAGGAAACACCACGGUCGAAAAGAUAAAAGAGAUCUGGAAAUAG